UCUAAUACUCAUCAUGGUUUAGUGCUCACUAGAGCAGUAAGCAGCAUUGUCUCCGCCACUCUUAUGUCCUCUGAGGACAGCGUGACAGGUGAGAUAGGCUAAUGGCGAGUCUUAUGGGCAUGUGUCCGACGGGCGAAUGACCGAUCGUAUGAGCGUGAAUGGAUACUAGGCUUUCGGUAACGAAGGUAAGUCGUCUUGAGGUGCCUUCGACGUAUAUAUGUCCCCUCUAUCCCAGUGCGCCUUACAGUGUGACAGCACUUCGUCCAGCUGCACCUGUACGACAAGAUGGAUCGUCUACAGAAGAAGACAGUGGUGACAAAGCGCUCCUUCACAUACACUUACUACGCCUCGAAGAAGAAUGAGGAAAACGCCUCCAAGCCUACACUCUUCUUCAUUCAUGGCUUCCCGGACAGCGCUCAUUUAUGGUCCGAUGUUGUUGACCACUUGUCGGACCUCCCAUAUCGUGUAAUUGCACCAGAUACUCUUGGCUAUGGAGGGACUUCCAAGCCUCUUGAUGUCGAAAUGUACAAUUAUCGAGACAUGACGAACGACCUCGAAGAGAUCCUGCAAGCCGAGGAUGUCCAAAAGGCCAUUGUCAUCGGCCACGAUUGGGGCUCAAUUCUCGCUCAACAGUUUUACUUCUUUCACCCCGAGCAUGUGGUCGGCAUUAUCCUGCUCAACGUAGCCUACCGUCCACCACAAGAAGGCAAAUUCGACCUCACGACAAUGAACAAUGUCACCGAAAAAGCCUUUGGCUACUCUCUCUUCGCGUAUUGGGAGUUCUUUACGGCUGACGACGCCCCAAAGAUUGCCGACGAAAACCUAGAUAAGAUGUGGGAGGCCAUGCAUGGUGACGAGCCUGAGUGGAUGAGGAAGAUCUUUUGCGGUAGAGGCGCCCUCAGGAAGUACCUCUUGGGCAACGAGCAUGUUCCUCUAAAACCAUACGCCAAAGAAGCCAAGUGGAAGGACGAUUUUAUGCAACGGUUUGGGAACCAGACCUUUGAGGCGCCGUUCAACUACUACAACGCCACUGUGAACAACGUUCAAUCCAAGUCAGAUGCCGACAUCCCGAAAGAGCUCCACAAGGUGCAACUUCCCAUGCUAUACAUCGGUUGCACAGGGGACGCCGUUUGUCGCAGCGAUGCGAUCGAGGGUCCCAGGAAAGCAGGGCUAUUGCCGGACCUGGAGGUUCAGUCGAUCAUUUCCGCUCAUUGGGUGCCCAUGGAAAAGCCGAAAGAGGUUGCUCAACAUAUCAGGAGCUUUGUGACAAGGCGCUUUCCUUGAAGGAGACAAUCAAAGAG